AUGAAAUCAUGGGCUAUUAAAAAUAAAAAUGUUCUUAUAGCAACUAAACGUGUUGAAUAUGAUUUACCACCAAAAUUUAUUGAAAAAGUUGAUUUAUCUUUUAAAAUAGAUGAAUCUAUUAUUAGUCGAGAAGAAAUACAAAUUAUAUAUAAUCAAAUGCGUGAAAUUGCAAAAGAUUUUCGUUUGAAAGUCAUGACACUCUAUACACAAUCAAUAAUUCGAGAAAAAGAAUUACUAACAAAAGAAAUUGAACGUAUUAUUCAAGGCUUUCCACAAGAAAAUGAUGAUGGAUUCGAUGCUGAGCCUAGUUUUGCUGCAUUUAAACAAUAUCAUGAAUUACGUCCAAGAUUUAUAUUUAAUGAUCCUAAAACAGCAUCAAGAAGACGAACAAUUGAAUUAAAAACCUUAAAACGAAAGAUAGAAUCUCGUUUUUUACAAAAGGGUAUUAAACCAGGUCGUCCAGUUGUUCACUUUAUAGCUGAAUUAGAUGUUCUUCUUCAGAAACUUCAUAAUAUUCCAAUAUCAAAACAAAAUAAGAAUAUUAAUCUUAAAACUUCAAAUAAUAUAAAUGUAAAUCAAAUCAUAGAAAAUCAAUUCUCUCAAUCACAAAAUAUAAAUAUAAAACCACCAAAAAAUAAUAAAAAGAAAAAGACUUAUCACAGAUUAAUCAAAAGACUAAAAUAUAAAAUCAAAUCAGCGAAUAUUAUUCUAAGAAAAUCAGAUAAAUCAAAAGUAUUUCAUUUAGGUAGAGAAGAAGAUUAUAAUAAAAAAUCUGAAUAUUAUAUGGAAAAAACACAAGCCUAUAAAUGUCUUGGAAAAGAAGAACCAUCACCAGACUUAAUUACUAGAACAAAUAAAUAUUUGUUAGAUCUUCGUCUAGCUAAAUGGAUUACUCAGAAACAAUUCGAACAAUUAUCUAUUAAUCCAAAUGAAGUUGAAUUAGCUCAUUUAUAUUAUUUACCAAAAGCACAUGAACAAGGUACGCCUCUUCGUCCGAUAGUUUCAGGUUUAAAACAUCCAACUGUAAAAAUUUCAAAAUUUCUUGAUGAUUUACUUCGACCACUUUUUCAUAAAAUGGCUAAAGAGACGACAGUUAAUUCAGGUUUUGAAUUAGUCAAACAACGAGAAACAUGGUCUAAAAAUAAUUUAAAACAAGAAACAUUAUUUUGUACAAUAGAUGUUGGUGAUUUAUAUACUAUGGUGCCUCAAAUAGAAGGAGUACUCUCUCUAAAGAAAAUGUUAGAUUAUUUAAAAUUGAAAAAACUUGGUGGUCUCAAAAUUGAAACAAUUAUUAGAUUGAGUCGAUUUGUCAUGAAAAAUAAUUAUUUUUCUUAUAAUGGUCAAUAUUAUCAUCAGAUUAGAGGAGGAGCUAUGGGUUCACCUCUUACUCUGACUAUUGCCAAUUGUUAUAUGUUCUUUUUUGAAAGGAAAAUAGUUCGACAAAUUCACAAUAGUAAUGGUCUAUAUUUUCGAUAUAUUGAUGAUAUAUUUAUAACAAUAAAUUGGCCAUACAGACAUUUAUUAAAACAAAUCGACAGAUGGAAUAAAUUCGAUGAAAAUAUUAAACUUUUUGAAAACAUUGGUUCAAAAGUUGAUUUUUUAGAUUUACAUAUAGAAAAUGAAGAUGGACUACUGUUUACUUCAGUUUUUCAAAAACCAUCUUAUGAACCAUAUUAUUUGCCAUUCAAUAGUAUUCAUCCAUUACAUAUGAAGAAAAAUAUAAUUCAUACGAUGCUUUUAAGAGCUAUUCGAUAUUGCUCAACAUUUCAUACAUAUGUAGAUGAAAGGGAGAAACUAAGAAUGGCAUUAUUAUUAAAUAAAUAUCCGAAUCAAUUUAUCGAAGAACAAUUUAAAAUUAAUUUAGUAAAGUGGAGUAUAGAUCAACCAUUAACAUUUAACAAUUAUAAUAAAUACCGACAAGUAAUUAUAGAAGCUCGAAUAAAGGAAAAAGCUUUAGUUAACUUUGAACAAAUAAUCUUUAUUCAUUUUACAUAUUGUUCAACGAUGAAAUUAUUUCCACAAAAAUUUCAUAAACUCUGGAAUAAAUAUUUCAAUAAUUUACCAAUAAAUGAAAUAACACCAGUUUUAGGUACAAUAAAUGUUAAUAAUUUACACAGAAGGUUGGUGCAAACCAAAUCUUAAAAAUAAAAGAACAAAUAAAUAAAAAAAUAAAAAAUAAACAACUGAUAAUAUUGUGAAUUUUAUUCAUAAUAUAUAAGAAAUAAUAAGAAAUUACAUAUAUGUUUAAAGAGUGUUUUAUAUUUAAAAAUUUAUAGGAAUAACUAUUAUAAUAAGAAACAUAUUUCAAUUCAUUAGAACACCAUUUCAAUCUAUAAAAACAAUUAUUAUGUUCAACUUCGAGGGUGUUAUUUUAUUGUAUUUCAAUUAUAUAAUAAAUUUCCUUAUAUUCAUACAAUUUUAUUUUAUUAUAUUAUUAUAUUCAAAAUAUCUUAUUAUACAGUUAUAACCAUAUUACACACUUAUAAGUUUAUUAUAUUUUUAUAAUUCUAUUAUACAUUUUUAUUUAAUUAUAUUCAAAAAUUUCUCUAUUAUAGAAUUCACAAAUUUCUCUAUUAUGUUAUUUUAAAUAGAAUCCAACAAUAUAUAAAAUUAAAAUAGGGUAUAAUAUAUAUAAUAGAUAUAAUAUUUACGAAAUAUGUUAAAAGUUCUUGUAUUGUAUUAUAUUAUUUUAUCAAUUGAACAAUAUAUGAUAUCAAAAUAAGGUAUAAUAUUUACAAAACACAACAUAUUUAGAAGUUUUUUAUAUGAUAUUAUAUUAUCUUUACAAUUAUAUAAUUAAAUCUAAAAAUUAAUAUAUUUUGAAUUUAAAAUAUUAUUUAAUUACAUUAUAAAAACUAAAUAGUAAUAUUUUAUAUCAUAUUAUCUACACGCUAUAUUUUGUGAUCCAAAAUAAUAACACUAUCUUAUACAAACUCAAAUAAACUUUUUAAACUUUCUUUUACAUUAUGUUAAAAAUAAAGAAAGAUUUAUCAUAGUCUUUAUUAAAAAUAAACACAAUAUUUAAUUUAAACUUAUUCAAAAUAAAAACCCAAAUUUAUAUAUUAUUAAAAACAAAACAUUAAAAAUUUUAUAUAGAAAUUGAGCAUUUAAAAUUUUCAUCACCAAUAUAAAAACAAAACAAUAUAUUACAUCGAAAUUAUUGAGCAUUAAUAAAAUUUUCAUACGCAACAUAAAAAAGGAACAAUGUAUUGCGUUUAAAUUACUGAAAAUUCAACAAGAAGAAGCAAUAUAUUAUACUUAAAUUCAAAUUAUGUUUCAAGCAUUGAAGUUGAAUUAGUAUUUCAACGAAUAAACCAGAAAAUCGUAAAUCGAUCUCUUCUUAAAUAUUUGAUUAUAAUUCAUGUACAUUCAAAAUAUUAGGUUGAACAGUUUCUAUUAGAAAUUAUUAUAUUUUAUAAUAUGUUAGAAUUGAAUUUAACAUCUUUUUGGAUUGGACAUUAGUAUGAAUUCAAUAUUAUGUGAAUUGAACAUUAUUUUAAAUUUAAUAUUAUUCGAAUUGAACAUUGUUUUGAAUUUAAAAUAACUUUGAAUACAAUUGGAUAAAACGAAAUAAAUUACAAUAGAACAUUCAUAAAUUUAUAUAUUAAUCCACAAAUUUAUAAUUAUUAAAUUUAAGUUUCCAUGGAAUUGGAGAAACUACAAUAUUACAUUUAUAAUUUAUUCAGAACAAUUGCCAAUUCAUAUUAUACUUGCAAAAUUAAUAUUAUUAUAAAUAAAAAAUAGUACUUACGAAUAUAUUUAAUUCAAAACAAAAACAAAUAAAAUACUAAAUCAUAUAAAAUAUAACAAAUAAAUAUCAUUUAUAUCAUUUAAUAUAUCAUUUAUUAUAUUACUUUUCAAAAAAACUAAACAUAUAUAUACCUACAAAAUUAUAUUUAUUUAAAUAGAACUUGAAACUCAACAACUACAAAUUUAUAUGAUAAAAGGAAUUAAAUAUAAAAUAAAUACUUCAACAAAAAAUAAAAUAUAAUAUUACCUUUUUCUAUACAAAUAUUUACAAUUUAAUCCUACUAUAUAUACUUAUUUGGCUCGUCGAUUUGUCCUUCGGAACAAUAAACAUUGAACAUAAAUACAUAUUUUAAAUUAAACUUAUACCCUAUCUCAAUUUGCUUCGUUUUGUAGCUUUUCUUUUUAAUUUUUGCUUAAUCCUUGCUUAAUUUUUGCUUAAUUUUUGCUUCCAGAUUUGCUGUAAAUUAUGCUUUUUAUUGUAAAUGCAGAGCCCUGAAGAGUGUUUUAUUAUUUCAAUAAAUAACACGAAACGCGUUGGCAAUAAAAUAUAUAUCUGCAUUUAUUUAUUGAUUGAUUUUUUGUUUUAAGCAAAUUUAUAUUUGAUUUAAUUUAAAUUUAUUAUUAUCGACAAUAAAAAUCGGUUGCUGAAAAGCAAGAGUUGAGAUAUAGCAAUUGAUUUAUAUUUUACAUAGAAAUAGAAAUCAAUUUGUUUCAUUUUGAUUUUACACCCACACCCACACCCACACCCACACCCACACCCACACCC